AUGAGUGUCAAAAAUAAAAUUCUACACAAGGCGAACAUAAAUAGCGAACACAACGCCCAGUAUAUGAAUUAUAUGCUGAAUGAAAUAGCACAUAAAUUUUUAGAAAAUAAAAAACCAAAGAACAAGGAAAAUAGGAAAAGAGACGCUAUAACUAAUAAUGUUAUGCAUCAGAGAAAAGAAAACGAGAAAGAUGAUGCAAAUAAUAAUUAUAAAUAUAAUAUUAAAGAUAUUCCUUCCCACAGUUUUAAACAUCAGAAGGGUAAGUAUCCAGGAAGAAGUGAUAGUUCUGACCCUACUAAAGAAAGUAACGGUGCGCCUUACGCGUUGUUUUAUCUUAUGAAUCACGAUAAUGUAGCUCAAACAGGACCUUUUUUCUCCAAAUCAAGAAAAAAUUACCAUCGAAGAAAUCCUGACUGA